GUCGCUGUUAGUGAAAUGAGUGACAAGUUAUUGAUUACGCCAGAAACAUUUAUCGCUUUGAGUUUGCAAAUAAAUUCACAAAAAUUGAAUAAAAUCUUUACUUGGCACGUCAUUACGCCUAUUACACAAAAUGAAGAGGACUGCUUCUUAUUCCCGCUCUUCCAUGAGUUUGAAAAAUAGUCUUGAUGGUGGCGACUCUCCUCGGAAAUGCACAAUGAAAAUGGAUGAUCAGGCUUUACAGGAGGUAUAUCUAUUGGAGCCCAAUUAUGCAGAUGAAGUUGAGAUCUCCGAUGUUGAAGCGGAGGAAGAAAUUGCUUCUUACAAUGAAGAUGUGCAUGCUGAGCUUGAGGCCGCCAAUGACGAUGAUCAAUCGCCAGACUUCAAGACCAAACUGGCCAACUUGGUGAGAAGCAAUGAAUGCUCUGAUAAUUUUAUAGACAAUUUGCUUAAUCUCCUGAGGAAGAAUGGACAUACAGAAUUGCCAAGUGACAAGAAAACUCUUGUGGCUAAGCCUCAGCACGCUGCUAAAUUAUCUGACAAUAUUGUAUUGUCGAAGAUCUUGGAAAACCAGAAGAUUAUGAUUAAAAAUCAAAUGUUGAUUAUGGAACAGAUGAAAGCACUGGCUAGAUCUCAAGCUACUCAAAGGAUCAGGCUUGCUGGUCUCACCGAAAGGAUAGACAAAGCCCUCCCUGUCCUCCCUGUUGAGGAGAUCCAGGAGAUCACCAGGAAGGUCACCAGCCCAAAGCUAGAAACUAAACUCUUUCCGAUGAAAACUCUCGAUCACUUUGAUGAAUUCAACAAAAAUCUCGUUGAUGAAAACUUUAAGGAGCAAGUGUUACCGGACAUCACAAAGGCCAUGCAGAAUUCAUCGUGGCUCUUUUUGUUGAUGAAUGAUGAUGUUAUCUUUCAAUAUAAUUUGAAAGGAAUCUUCAACAAAAGAGCAUUUCGUGAGACAAAUCUUUAUAAACUUCUUGAGGAACACUAUGGCGAUCACAAUUAUCUGAAGGAACGACAUGUUCAGGCUCUUAUUAGGCAAGCUCAUGCGCGUCAGAGUACCAAGAAUUCGAGAGCCAAGGGCAAAUUGAAGAAGAUGUCUGAAAAAGAAGAUUUUCUCCAAGAAAGUGAUUCUUACCAAUAAAACCAUGAAAUCGAGAAAGGUAAGAAAAACUCCAUUUGAUAAACAUCAAGUAAUUUUCUUGAAUUCCUUUUUAUUGUUUUUUGUUAAAUUAAGUCUGAAUUAUGUGUAUUAUAUGCAUGUUUUCUUAUAAAUGAGAGAAGACAAAUGGAAAAUGAAUUAUUAUCUUUAUUUUUAAUAAAUGAUUUAUAAGAAAACGAAAGAAAA